UUUUACUUUGCUUGUGGCAAGGGAUUUUAUUGUCGUGUUUGCUCUAAGAAACAAAUAAAAUCUUUUUACUAAAAUUAUAGAAUAAGUGUUGAUAUAUAUAUGAAAUUGCUUGAUAGCUGAAAAUAUAUUUUUUAAAUGCGAAUUUUUGCAUGUGAAUAUUGAUAUAAUUAAAGAGUGAAAGACUCACCGGUUGGAAGCAACGUAAAAGAAAAAAGCGUAUACAUAUAGUGCAUAUAACAUAAGUUAACUUGAUAUAUAUAUCAUAUCAUAAAAUGGAAGCAGUUCCAACAGCAGCUGUUGCACCAGUAAGUGGACCACCUGCGCCACGUGGAGGUUACAGAGGGCGCGGUGGCAUGCCUAUGCGCGGUUUUGACCGUGGUCGUCCAAGAGGUAUCGGACGUGGCCACUUUAUGGGUGGUGUUGGCCGUGUGGGGGGACCAGGUGGUAUGGGUGGUCCAAUGCCUCAAGGUAUGAUGGCUCCCAGAGGUAUGCGUAUACCCAGAGGUGGUCAAGGCUACCCUGGCCGUGGUGGGUUUAUGCCACGUGGAGGUGGUAUGCGUGGUGGUAGACCUCCAAUGUAUGCACAAACUGUGAAACAACAUUCAGGUGCAGACAAUAACAAGACAGUAUCACCAGUUCCAACCGCUACUGGAAAUACUACAACUACAGCAGACGAAGAAACGUCAGUUUCAACGUCUCCAACCACAGCGGUUGGCACAGCAAGUGGAACUAACUCAAUAUCUGCUCCUGUUAACACAAAUGGGUCAAAUGGUGGUAUUUCACAUCCUCGUGGUCCACCCCGUGGGGGUCGUGGCGGUUUCAUGAGAGGUGGCGGGCGUGGUGGCUAUAAUCCACAUCAUAGUAAUGGUGUAAUGCAUGGGUCAAUGGGCGGUGCACCUGAUCAUGGUGGUAUGCCAAUGCGUAGAGGUGGACCACCACGUGGACGUGGUGGAUAUGGUCAAAGCAUUAACCGUUCACCUCAUCAUCAUCAACAACACAGCGCUAACACGCAAAUAGCUCCAGUACCCACAUUGAAACGUGGUGCUAUAGGUGGUCAUCCCGGGCCAAAGCGUGGAAGAUAUGAAGGUAUACCAUAUUCACAACGCCCAAUGACACCAAAGUAUCAUCAACAACAACAACAUGUUGCAUCAAUGCCGCCACAAUCUAGCUAUGCAGCUCCACCCAGCCAUCAUGCGCAAACACACGGACAUCAUGGAUAUGCUUCUCAUGAUCAAAGCCAAGCAGUAGACCCGUAUGCACAGUCUUAUGCUGCACCAGUUGCACAGACUACAUACAAUGGCUAUGCGCAGAGCAGUGGUUAUGCCACCCAUGCACCAUCAGCAGCACAAUCAAGUACCAGUUAUGCAAGUCAUCAUGGUAGUGAAUAUGAUCAAAGUCACUAUCAGAAUUAUAACUCUGCAUAUGCUGCUCAAACUGAUACGCGCUAUCAAAGCUAUGGUCAAGAUUACACACAACAAUAUGGAGCGCCUGCAGUUGAUUACAAUUCAACAGCUCAAACUGAUUAUACACAGCAUGCAAGUCAACAAAGUUAUGAUGAACGCGCCUAUACUGGAUAUGAUUCGCAAGGUUACCAACAGAGCUACGCAAAUACCACUGGUUACUAUUAGUACGAGCAAUUGUAAUUUCUCUACAACGCUGUGCGUGUUCAAUUUAUGCUGCACCCAAAAACGGGGCAGUUAUCCAUUAUAUUCAAACAUAAACUAAAAUAAGCUUUUUAAUAAAUAAUUAUAAUAAAGCGAAAGGUAAUUAGGUAUACCAAAUAAACAAAAUUCAAACAGCUAAUAAUUUUAAGUAAAUUACUUACCUUAAACAUUUUGCUUCAAACUUCAAAAGUUAAAAAAAAAAAUAUGAACAAAAAACAAACAAUAGAUAAGAAUUUUGCUAUAAUAUUUAGCAUACACUAAUUACAAAAAAAAAAAAUUGUUGACUUAAUAGCUAAAUAAAUGCAUAAAUGAUAUGUGCAAAGUAAUGUAGAUUAAAAUUUAAUAAGGAUAUUAUAUGUUCACAUAUAAGAAUUAUUCUUUGUACUGGACAAAAGGAGUAACCUUACAUUAUUAACAAAACUACAUAUGAUAUAUAUAUCAUUAUUAAACCAAAUAGUAUAGUUACUCUGGCAUCAAUAUUUUUUUAAUAUUUUACGUUGGUAUUUUAUAAAUCAAGCUUAAUUGAUUUAUAGUUUAAGCUGACAUAAAUUAAAUAUCUACUUAAAA